CAGACUUGAAGGAUCUCAAAUUACAAUAUUGUGUGGAUUUUUGGCUAAAUUUCUUCAAAAAACUCCAUUUAUUAGCGGAUAGAAAAGUUGUGUUUCUUGUUAUUAGACCCGAGUUUAAUUAGUACCAAUGGUAUGUAUGAGAGUGUUUAUUCACAUCUAAGCGGGGUCAACUAGUCUUCGUCACUCACGAGUCACGUGCAGCUCAGCUAACUUUGGGACAGCAGCAACUGAAAACAGAGCUAAUCAGUGAAAGGUGUUUGAAAGAGAAAACCUCACAGGGAAAACAAAAAUAUGGUGAUGAUUAUUAGGUCAAUAAUCGGCCGGUCGAUAUCGACGGCGGUUCUUCCUCAUCUCCGGCUGCGCUAUUUUUCAGUUACUUCGUCAUCUGCAGCGGCGGCUGAAGCUGAGAGGAGUAUUAGAGAAGGGCCCAGAAAUGAUUGGUCUAGAGACGAGAUCAAAUCCAUCUACGAUUCGCCGCUCCUUGAUCUCCUCUUCCAUGGGGUCUGUUCAUUUUGGGGUUUUUUUUUUUUUGAUUUUCUUUCAAUCCCAUUUCGUUAAUUUCAACUUGCUUUAGCUGGGAUUAAAAUUGAGCGCAUUGGCAUUGUCAUGCUUUGAUUUCUACUUUGUUCAUCAAUAAUAACCCUUCAUUUUUUACCUCCAUGGUUGAUGGUUUAACUAGUCUUAAUUGUACUAGAUGAUUGAUCAUUAAACUUCUAUUAAGGGAUGGCUUUGAUGGGUUUAUUGGUUCAGACUUUAUGUGCUAGUUAAAAUUUUGUUUUCUUCUGGCAAGAAAUGGCAGAGGCGUUUUGGUUCCAGAUAUUCACCAAUUGCAAUUCUUCAUGUAUGUGAUUGUAUUACUGGUGCAAGCAUUAAGCUAAAGAUGGAUAUAUUAAUGGAUGGCCAUAAAGGUUUGCAGUUAUGUAAGACCAGUUUACAUGAUGGUUUCUGCUAGGUUAUGCAUCAGGGGAGAUUCCAGUGAUCACAGUUGAUAAAAUUAAUGCAAUUUGUUUAUCAAGUAGUCAUCUUGUUGUUGUUAGGUUAUGAUUAUUCUCGUACUAAUUUUUCUGGUUGUACAGGCUCAAGUUCAUAGGCAUGCUCAAAACUUCAGGGAAGUGCAACAGUGUACACUCUUAUCUAUUAAGACUGGAGGAUGUAGCGAAGAUUGUUCAUAUUGUCCUCAAUCAUCUAGAUAUGACACUGGCCUGAAAGCACAAAAGCUUAUGAACAAGGAUGCUGUAUUGGAGGCGGCAAAGAGGGCAAAAGAGGGUGGUAGUACUCGGUUCUGCAUGGGUGCAGCAUGGAGAGAAACUGUAGGGAGGAAGACAAAUUUCAAUCAAAUCCUUGAAUAUGUCAAAGAAAUAAGGGGUAUGGGAUUGGAAGUCUGCUGCACUUUAGGAAUGCUCGAGAAACAACAAGCUUUAGAACUCAAGAAGGCUGGUCUUACGGCUUACAAUCAUAAUCUUGAUACCUCAAGGGAGUAUUACCCAAACAUUAUUACCACAAGAACAUAUGAUGAACGCCUGGAAACCUUGAACCAUGUCCGCGAAGCAGGAAUCAAUGUCUGUUCAGGAGGAAUCAUAGGACUUGGAGAAGCAGAGGAGGACAGAGUUGGUUUACUACACACUUUGGCAACGCUCCCCACGCAUCCUGAGAGUGUUCCCAUCAAUGCGCUCAUCGCUGUUAAAGGGACGCCACUGCAAGAUCAAAAGCCUGUUGAAAUAUGGGAGAUGAUCAGAAUGAUUGCGACUGCACGAAUUGUAAUGCCUAAAGCAAUGGUCAGGUUGUCAGCUGGCAGAGUCCGGUUCUCCAUCCCAGAGCAGGCUCUUUGUUUCCUAGCUGGUGCAAAUUCCAUCUUUACUGGUGAGAAAUUGUUGACCACGCCAAAUAAUGACUAUGAUGCAGAUCAACAAAUGUUCAACUUGCUUGGACUAAUUCCAAAACCCCCGGAUUUCUCUGAUGAUUCAUCAAAUGAUUUUGAAGGCGAAGAGUUGAAAGAAUCUAGGUCCGCUUUGGGAUGAAAAGCGCUGGCUUAGACUUAAGAUUAUUUGUAACUGAGAUUAGUUUUAGAUGAGAAAGUGUGAAUCUUUGAACUGAGGAAUUAGGGAUCAUAUUAAUGCUCUAAAAACCUAGACUGCCAUCUUCUUCAUUUAUAUUAUUAAAUCAUGGUAUUCUAACAUGAACAUAUCCACUUUCUUGGGUUGGGACUUGGGAGUCAAAAUACUUGUUUAAGAAAGAUGCUUAAACUAUUAUUAUAUUAUAUUAUUAAAUUAAAGAUUUAUGGGGUAGGUAUCCAAGGAGCCCUACUAUUUCAAAUCUGAAACUUAACUUGGAAUUCCACAGAAAUUAUAAAGAAUUCUCUUACCA